CUCCUCUCAGUCUGGGUGUGGGGAGCACCCCAGUUCUGCAGAAGGGGGACCUCCAGAAGCAGGGACAAUGGCAGCGCUGCAGGAGAAAAAGUCAUGCAGCCAACGGAUGGAGGAAUUCCAGCACUACUGCUGGAACCCGGACACAGGGCAGUUCUUGGGACGCACCCUGUCCCGGUGGGUGUGGAUCAGCCUCUAUUAUGUGGCCUUCUACGUGGUGAUGACCGGACUCUUCGCCCUGUGCAUCUACUCCCUGAUGUGCACGCUCGACCCAUACACACCUGACUACCAGGACCGGCUGAAGUCACCAGGGGUGACCUUGAGGCCAGAUGUCUAUGGAGAGAAAGGUCUGGAAAUUUCCUACAAUAUCUCCAAUAACGGGACCUGGACGGACCUAGUGCACACCCUCCACGACUUCCUGGCAGCCUACUCGCCAGCAGCCCAGCAGGACAACAUAAACUGCACCUCAGAGAAGGUCUUCAUCCAGGAGAGCUUCAGCGCCCCCAACCAUACCAAGUUCUCCUGCAAGUUCACAACAGACAUGCUGCAGAACUGCUCGGGCCUGGUGGAUCCCAGCUUCGGCUUCGAGGAAGGAAAGCCGUGUUUUAUUAUUAAAAUGAACAGGAUCGUCAGGUUUCUCCCCAGCAACACCACGGCCCCCAGGGUGGACUGCGCCUUCCUGGACCAGGACCAGGACCAGGACCAGGACCAGGACCGGCGCCGCACGGAUGUCCCGCCUCUGCAGGUGGAGUACUACCCGCCCAAUGGCACCUUCAGUCUGCACUACUUCCCUUACUACGGGAAGAAGGCACAGCCCCACUACAGCAACCCUCUGGUGGCUGCAAAGCUCCUCAACGUGCCCAGGAACACAGAAGUGGAGAUCGUGUGCAAGAUCCUGGCAGAACAUGUGACCUUUGACAACCCCCACGAUCCCUUUGAAGGGAAAGUAGAAUUCAAGCUUAAAAUUCAGAAGUAAAGGAUCAGGAGGCUGGCCGCACGCAGCCUGUGUGGGAACUUGCGGGCCACCGCCCUCCGCCAGCCGCCCGCCGGCGCCGGCGCCACGGCUCACCAACUCUCAAACGCUCUGAACACAGCACUGGGGGAGCUCGGUGCCUCCACACAGGCACCUGUGCACCAAGCGCUUUGUGUUGGAAUCUGCUACUUCUUACUACGUCUUUAUGUGUUUUAGAUAGAAUUUGUAGCUAUGAUAAAAAUGUCGGGUUAACACAGUAACCCUACGGCAGAAGCUAUCCAACUAACAAGACCCUAAAACAAUUCACCUCUUUGUACACAGCACUUUUCUUACUAUAACUUACUCUCAAAACAUCAACAAACUACUGCCCAUGUUAGUAUAAAUACUAUUAAUGCCUUGAUAUGGUUCAUGACCUAUGAUAAUGUACAGUUCAAAUGCUUGCUUCAAAGAAUGCAAUUCCUAUUGCGGAAAUUUAUUAAAGCCGUUCUUACUCUACACAAAGCA